AUCCCUGCGCUGUCAUUGGGCAGAAAUUCGGCCAGACGCCGGUAACCCCGCCCCCUACUACUUCCUGCGUCGCCAGCUCUGGUGCCACACAUCUAAACCUCUUUGAUUCUGCCGGCGCGGCGGGGAGGGGGUCCGCAGUUGCUAACGACACAGCGGAUGACGGAGGUCGUUAGGUGAACGGGGCAGUUUGACCAUCAAUAGAAUAACAGAAGAAGAGGAAAUUAACUAUUCAUAGAAAUUAAAGAUAUUGUCAGGGUUUAGAGGAAGGAUUUGAAAUCUAGCCAGCGCUAGCUAACAUUGACGUUUACUGACAGUAACCUAAAACCGCCAGAGACGGUUUGUGUAUGGUGCUCAGCAGACUAGACGGUCCAGGGCUAAAUAAGAAUUAAAGAGCAUUUAAACCCAUCUCCAUUUAGCUCUAGGUAAUAUUCAGUCAUCGUCAGCUGGGUGUCGUUGAAGGACGGAGAUGGACUUCUUGGCCGGAUGCAUGGGAGGUGCUGCUGGCGUCUUGGUGGGACACCCAUUUGAUACAGUGAAGGUCCGCUUGCAAGUUCAGAGUAUUGAUAAGCCCCUAUAUCGAGGAACCUUUCACUGUUUCCAGUCCAUCAUACGUCAGGAGUCCGUAUUUGGUUUGUAUAAAGGCAUUGGAUCCCCGAUGAUGGGCCUUACGUUCAUCAACGCUAUAGUGUUCGGUGUCCAGGGGAACACCAUGCGCAUGCUGGGACAUGACACGCCUAUGAACCAGUUCUUUGCUGGAGCAGCAGCCGGUGCCAUCCAGUGUGUGAUCUGCUGCCCCAUGGAGCUGGCCAAAACCCGCAUGCAGAUGCAGGGGACCGGGGAGAAGAAGAAGUCCUCCCGGAAGCUGUACAAGAACUCGCUGGACUGCUUGGCGCGCAUUUACAACCGGGAGGGCCUGUGGGGCAUCAACAGAGGCAUGGUCACCACACUCAUCCGUGAGACCCCCGGCUUCGGGGUCUAUUUCCUGGCGUACGACGUGCUGACGCGCGGCCUCGGCUGCGAGCCCGACGACCGCUACAUGAUCCCUAAGCUGCUGUUCGCCGGCGGCAUGGCGGGCAUCGCCUCCUGGCUCUCCACCUACCCCGUGGACGUGAUCAAAUCGCGCCUCCAGGCGGACGGCGUGGGCGGAGUCAACCAGUACAGCGGCAUCGCUGACUGCGUGCGGCAGAGCGUCCAGCGAGAGGGGUACAUGGUGUUCACGCGAGGCCUCACCUCCACGCUGCUGCGCGCCUUCCCCGUCAAUGCGGCCACCUUCGCCACCGUCACCCUGGUCCUCAUGUACGCCCGGGGAGUGGAGCAAGGGCCACAGGACUGUGAGCUGGUGCAGUCCACCAGUCACCACGCGCAGAUACAGCAGCAGGCCCAGCCCUCCAGCCUGUGACACAGCAGAGGUCUCACCCUGAACCUGGAAAGACGAUGCCGCCUGCUUCAGUUACACACCGGACCGGUCAGAAAGAAGCACCAGCAUUAUAUAAAUGCUUGUUCCUAAAUUCACAAUUAUUCAAAACUAUUGUUUUUAGCAAUACUAUAAGGGGAGGGAUUAGACUUCAUUCAGAUGAUUAGUAAGAGGUUUUAACAGCUGCUGAGAAUUUACCUGUUCUAAACUUGCAAAUUAGCCUGAAUGCUGACUGUGGUUCCUACAGUUUAGACACUGAAUUCGGUCUAUCGUUACCUUGAACUAUGAAAUAUUAACCUCAAGUGUGUGUGUGUGUGUGUGUGUGUGUGUGUGUGUGUGUGUGUGUGUGUGUGUGUGUGUGUGUGUGUGUGUGUGUGU